AUGGAAGAACCAACAGGUCAAUUUGUAGCUGAUGUUAUCAAUGACAAUCAAGAUGCUUUAUUUAAAACUUUGAAGAAUAUAUCAGCCGAGAUAAAACAAAGAGUAAAACAAGAGAUUGUACAAUAUAUCAAUACUCCCAUUCCAUCCAAAGUACCUCAGAAAUUAUUAAUUCAAAAUUGUACCAAUAUUAUUUAUAUGGCAAUGCUUCAAAACAAUGAUCAAGAAGAAUGGAAUGAAUUAAUAGAAUUUAUAAAUAAUGCGUGCCGUUAUUCAACCAUCUCUGCCAAUAACUAUUCUUGCAUAUUAAUUGCUUUAGAUUAUUUAAACAUCGCCCUUCGAUCAGAAUCAGAAAAGGUCUUGGUUGAUUCAACAUUUAUAAAGAACAUCUUAAAAUUCAUCAAAUCAUUACAACCAGGAGAUGAAAAGAUUGCUAAUUGUAUGCAAUUGAUUAAACAUUUACCAAAGGUAUAUACCGAUUCACUAGUUAGACAAAGAGAAACAGUUAUUACCAUCUUUAAAGCUGAACUACUUGAUAUCAUAGCCUAUAUUACAAUCAGAUAA